CAUGCAUGCAUUUAUCGUUGUAUUAUUCAUUGAACAACUACUAGAAAGUUCACUCUUUGAUUCGUUUCGUUCAACAACUGCAAUACAAGUAAAGGAUCUAAUCGUGGUGGACUGAAAUGAGAUUCGAACGAUAGAUUCAUUCAUUAAGGAACCAUUUACAACAAAUUUAGCAAUCCAAUCAGCUUGAUUGUUGAAAUGUCUCUUUAUUAUGUAAUAACAAGUAGCUCUCCGCUCUUUAAGUUUAAAAUUAUGUUUCAAUAGUGGUACAAGUUUAAAAUUGUGUGUCUCAGUGGCAGAGCUGGCUUGUAAGAUGGUGGGUCGCGGGGCACACAUUGGUUUGGGAUUAGAACAAAAAGAAAAAAAUAUUUGUAGUAUUUUGUACACGAUUCAUAAUACUCAAAAUCAACACCUUAUGUUCACUAAUUUUACUUGUCUGCCAAUAGAUCGGUGAGAACUUUGAGGCACACAUUCACCUUGCAUAUUAUGUAAUUGAAUCUAGAUUUUACAUUAAAAAAAAUCGUAUCUCUAAUUGUUUAUUCUGAGUUUACUAAUUCAUAAUUUAAUGUCGAGUUCUCCAUCUUCAAACAAAAAUCAAUCGACAAACUAUGAAAACACGUCGUGAAUAAUUUAUAUAUUAACAAAAAAAAUCUUCUUUUUUUUUUUUUGCGCAUCAACCCCACCUUAAACGAAAUGCUCACUACUCCAGUUAUGUGUAUACUCAUAGAUUUUAACACCUAAUCCACUCCCUUGCCCAUAAAAUAAUCAAGUUAUUAUAAAUGUAUAAAAUACAACAUUGCCCGCUACAAAAUGUGUUACUUAUGAUUGAGAUGUAUUAUGUACUCUAUCAUAAUUGCCACACCAAAAUUGAUUUAUUUAAUUAUAAAUCCUUUCCCUUUCGUCGACAUAAAUUUCUGAAAGGUUAGUUCUUCUUCCCCUUCCCCGCUAGAGAAAAGCAACAAUGAAAAAACAGAAAUAGCGAGAGACGAGAAAGAUAGACGCAGGAUUCUCCUUCUCCACAAUCCACAUAUCUCUCUUCUCUCUUCCUUCUUCCUGUGUUCAUCACCGCCGGAUAUUCACCGUUCCCAUUCAUCUUCUCCAUUUCUUCUGCUCUCGUUAUCUUCACAUUCUUCUUCACAUUUCCUUUGAAUCUCAUUGCGGCAUUGUUCUUCGCCUGAUUUGAAACUACAUUUCUCACCACCGACGAAUCAAUCCCCAUAUCCAUUUUUCUUCUUCUCUUCCUUUGGAUGAUGGUAGGUUCGAAUUUGAUUCCUCCUGUUUAAACAUUGGCCGGAAACGAAAAACCGCAGAGCCGGAAACAGAGGAAAAUCCAAAACAGAGCAUCUGGCAUUCCUCUGGCUUUGGGAAAAAUCAUCUCUUUCUAGUAUUUUGUCUUGCCAUUUUAUCUAUUUAGAGCUGCAUUUAUACAAUAAUGGCGGUAAUGGAAUCGCUGCUGGGAAAUGAAGCAAGGAGAUUCAUCAAGAGGAAAGAUAGUGAUGCAGGCGAAACAGGCCGAGCACUAGAAGAACUGAGAGGCACGCUGUACAACGAUCUUCGAACCUCGGAAGGAGCGAAGCGCCAGCAGCAGAGGUUCUGCGGGCCGGUAGUAGCCAUGACAUUCAAUUUCGUGGUCUCCAUAGGAAUAAUCAUGACCAACAAAGUGGUAAUGGGGAAAGUAGGUUUCAAUUACCCAAUCCUCCUCACAUUGAUCCACUACGCAGUGGCAUGGCUGCUGCUUGCGAUAUUCAAGACACUGGCUUUGCUCCCGGUAUCGCCUCCUUCCAAGUCCACUCCUUACACUUCCAUCUUCUCCCUGGGCGUCGUCAUGUCGUUCGCGUCUGGUCUCGCCAAUGCCAGCCUCAAUCACAACAGCAUUGGGUUCUAUCAGAUGGCGAAAAUCGCAGUCACGCCCACCAUUGUUUUUGCAGAGUUCAUUCUCUUCAACAAAACCAUCUCUCACAACAAGGUAGUGGCGCUUGGUGUGGUGUCAGCAGGUGUGGCACUUGCUCAAGUGACAGAUUUGCAGUUCAACUUCUUCGGAGCUUGCAUAGCCGUCGCCUGGAUAAUUCCAAGUGCGAUUAACAAGAUUCUGUGGUCGAAUCUGCAGCAGCAAGCCAACUGGACCGCCCUCGCUCUGAUGUGGAAGACAACACCGGUGACGGUGCUGUUUCUGCUAGCACUAAUGCCAUGGCUAGAUCCACCAGGUGCUCUAUUGUUCAAGUGGGAUCUUCAAAACUCAUCUGCUGUUCUCAUAUCAGCUCUCCUUGGCUUCCUCCUUCAAUGGUCUGGUGCUUUGGCACUCGGGGCAACAUCCGCAACUUCUCACGUAGUCUUGGGACAGUUCAAGACGUGCAUGAUCUUGAUAGGUGGGUAUCUACUGUUUGAUUCGGAUCCCGGGUUCAUCAGCAUCUGUGGAGCUGUGGUAGCACUUGGAGGGAUGUCGGUUUAUACUUCGCUCAACUUGAAGGAGACCAAAAAAGAGAAGAGCUCCGGGAGUAGUAGUAACCCUCAUCAGAAGCAGACGUUGCCACUGUCAAAGCCAAAGACACAGCUCGAACCCACUCCUGAGGAGACCUCUGAAGAUAUUUAGACCACUGCUCUAUUGUCUUCCAAUGCUGUCUGAAAAUUUAUCUUAGGCCAAGGUCAUAGACAGAAGAGAGAUAGUAGAUAAGAGAAGUACCACAGUAGCCUGCCCUUCAGAAUAUGCGAGACACUUCAUUGUUGGGAAUUUUGUUCCGAGUGAAGAAAAAACCAUGUACAGAAUAAUUCUCAUAUUUUUUCACAGUAGUUAACGCAAAGUUUUUCAAAUCAUGCUUAUCUCUGCACUUGAAAUCAAAAUGGUUAAAACAU